CUUCCUCAGACUGCCAUGCGGAGCCAGGGUGUGUUCAGUAGUCUGUGCAGGAGCUGGAAAGCCUCCACAUGUGUUCUCAUCUCUCUACUGGCUUCACUGCUGCUGCUGGAUUUUAACAUGCACCUACCACUUGAGCACAAAGUGAUGAGACGAUCAGUUCAAAGCAAUAACAACAGGACAGUCUACACCCAGAGUCUAUUGCGGCUGGUGAAUGGUAAAAGCCGAUGUGAGGGCCGUGUCGAGGUUCAGUAUAAUGGUACAUGGGGCACGGUGUGUGAUGAUGACUGGGACAUGGUGGAUGCCAAUGUGGUGUGCCGACAGCUGGAGUGUGGUCUGGCUGUGGCAGUAGGAUCAAGCUCCCGCUUUGGACAGGGUUCUGGGCCCAUUCUGCUCGAUAACGUGGACUGCAAAGGGGGAGAGACGGACCUGAGCCAGUGUGGGAAUCAAGGAUGGGGCAUCCACAACUGCUACCAUUAUGAGGAUAUAGCUGUCACCUGCAAGGGCAACCAUGUGUUGGGGCCUCAAGGACUGCCUGAGGAGCCCAGCACUCCAGCUCGCAGGAACUCUGGUUUAUCAGGGGACGGUUCAAUCCGGUUGGUGGGCGGCUUGGACCGCUGCCAGGGCCGGGUGGAAAUCUACUACCGGGGCAGUUGGGGAACAGUGUGUGAUGACGACUGGGGCAUGCGAGAUGCAUCUGUGGUGUGCCAGCAGGUUGGUUGUGGCCCUGUCGUCACAUAUACCACCAACGCCUACUUUGGCUAUGGCAAAGGACUCAUCCUGCUGGACAACGUACACUGCAGUGGCUCAGAAAACCAACUGGCUGCAUGCUAUAGCCUUGGAUGGGGAAUUCACAACUGUGGUCAUCAUGAGGACGCUGGAGUCAUCUGCACAAGACUGACCACCACCACUGCUCCUCCUGUGAAUACAGAGACUAUAGACAAUACAUUCACCCAUACAGAAAUCUCAGCAGAGACAGGAAUGACGAUUCCAGUUACAGAGACAACAUCAGCUAGUCCAACCACAUCCUUGACCACGAAAGAGCAGCCCAGCGUUCGUGUGGUGAAUGGGAACAGCAGCUGUCAGGGACGUGUGGAGGUCUUCUAUGAAAACAUCUGGGGCACAGUGUGUGAUGAUGAGUGGGACAUGGAUAAUGCUCAGGUCGUCUGCAGGCAGCUGGGGUGUGGCCCGGCCAUGGCAGCCAUCUCACUGGCUUUCUUUGGCUAUGGCUCUGGUCCAAUCCUUCUUGACAAUGUGGACUGUGAUGGCAGUGAGAGGCUGCUUGCUGACUGUUUCAACUUGGGCUGGGGACAGCAUAACUGUGGACAUCAUGAAGAUGCUGGAGUCAUCUGCUCGACUUCUGCAGCCUGGGCAGAAACAUCGAGAAGCUUCGGGGUGACUGAUAGGAUCUUCACCACUCCCCCACCAGUGGAUGGUGUGUUGAGGCUCUCAGGUGGUCGGCACCGCUGUGAAGGCCGGAUAGAGCUGUAUCAAAACGGUGCAUGGGGCACUGUGUGUGAUGAUGCCUGGGAUCUCCUCGAUGCCCAGGUGGUGUGCAGGCUGCUAGGCUGCGGUGAUGCCAUAGCUGCACAGAAGGAAUCCUUCUUCGGACCAGGCGCUGGCACCAUUCUCCUGGACAAUGUGAAGUGCACAGGCACAGAGAUGUCACUCCAACAGUGCUCUCACAUACCCUGGGACGUGCACAACUGUGACCACUCGGAGGAUGCUGGUGUGACCUGCACACUCACAUGACUCCCACCAUACACAGAAACCACUCGCUUUUUAUCUGUAGUCUGUAGAAGGCCAGGGAAUGGCGGAUGAAGACAACAGGACAUGUAAA